AUGGCCAGGUCCCGAGUUGCACCAAAGAAACAGCUCUCCAUGCCCCGCCUCGAGCUCUCGGCCGCUUUGGCAGGGGCUCAAUUGUCCAGUCUCCUUCAGCAAGAGUUGACUCUACCCCUAGAAGAUAUUGUUCUCUGGAGUGAUUCUACGACAGUCCUGACAUGGCUGAAGUCGGAGUCCUGUAGGUAUAAAGUCUUUGUGAGGUAUAAAGUCUUUGUGGGGACCCGAGUGGCCCAGAUCCAGACCCUGACUUACGUCGACCAAUGGCGCUACGUUGACACGAAAAAUAAUGCAGCUGAUGAUCUGACGAGAGGGAAAAGUCUGCUGUCACUCAGUCAACCCUGCAGAUGGCGAGACGGGCCACCAUUCCUAUCCGCAAGCCCUGAUCUUUGGCCAGCCUUCCCACCUGCCCUAGCUGAGGAUUCCUCGGAGCUGAAGAAAUCCUCCUUCUGCGUUAUAGUGACUGUGGAACUGGCUGACAUCCCAGACCUGGAGAAGUACAAAUCUAUGGAUGAGCUCAUCGAGGCAUCUAAGCAGCUCUGUGACGGGGCGGCGAAGGAUGAUGGUCCUGUUGAACUAACAGCUGAUCAGCGAGCAGAAAUUGAGCUUCACCUAUUCCAACGAGCCCAGAAAUCCAGUUUUCCCGAAGAGUGGGGUGCCCUCAAGGAUGGUAAGGAGCUCCCUCGAGGAAGUAGACUGCUGCAGCUCUCGCCAGAGUGGGAUGGAGAUGACCAAGUCAUCAGAGUUGGGGGCCGGCUGCGUCAUGCUGAAGGAAUCCCGCUAUUCACCAAGCAUCCAAUUGUGCUCAACCUUGUACAUCCUGUAACUAAGCUCCUUAUCCAGGACUUUGACCAGAGACUCAUGCACUAUGGUCCAGAACGUGUCCAUGCCGAAAUCAGAAGAAGAUUCUGGAUUCUGCGUGGUUGA